UUUGACACCAGUUGCAUCCCAGCGUUCCCAGAGACUUUCCCAACACAGGACACCGGUCCGAGCUCCGAGAGGCAGAAACAUGAGCAGGAUGAAGAUUUGGGCUCUCCACCUCCUCAUCAUCGCCUUUCUGCAGACUCCCGUCUGCUGGUCUGUGACAGUGAGCAGCAGUCGGCCAAAGGUGGAGGUCCACGAGCACACAGACGCCGUCCUGUCCUGUGAGUUCAGGACAGAGAAAGAUCAAAACCCGCGGAUUGAGUGGAAGAAGAAGGGCAAAGGGGUCACAUUUGUUUACUUUGAUGACAAAUUUAGCGGAUCCUACGCGGGACGAGCCAAGAUAGAUGGGGCGACACUGACCCUGCACUCCGUCACCCAGAAAGACUCUGGGGAGUACCGCUGUGAGGUCACUGCCAGCCAAGACCACAUCAACCUGGGAGAAACCACCGUGUCCCUCAACGUGCUUGUCAGCUCUUGCCUGGCCUUGUCCACUAUUUUCCUUAAUCUGGAAAUUCCCCUGCUCAGUAAAACCCCUUCUCCUUUGGUCUUCAUAUUUGAUCUGACCAAGUUAAGGAAAGUCGCUUUAUCUGGAAAGUAA